CUUCAAACUUUUCGAGCAAAGUUCUUUUUUUCCUCUAAAAAAACAUAAAAAAACGACCUUUGUAGUCUUCGCUUCUGUUCGACGAAAUCUCCAUGAGAGAUCGAAAGGGUUCAUCCGCCGCGGCGGCGAAUAGUCCACCUCCGCGAUCCUCCAAGCUCUCCAACCUCCUCCGUUCUAAUCUCAUCACCCAACCCAAAAGCGAGGACGACCUCCUUAUCCCUACAGCCGCCCCCGCCUCCGCAACCGCCAGCCCUGCCUACUUCUCCGACCACAACCCCACCAGCGCCGUGAGCUCUCCGUACACACUCUCUCCCUGGAACCCGGCUGCCUCCCCCUUCGCCAAGUCCCCGUGGACUCAUAUCCCCCCUCUCUCCGACGGACCCCACUCCGCCGGCCUCCUCGGCUCCCUCGUCCGCGAGGAGGGACACGUCUACUCCCUUGCCGCCUCCGGCGACUUCCUCUACACCGGCUCCGACAGCAAGAACAUCCGCGUCUGGAAGAGCCGCCACGAGUUCGGCGGCUUCAAGUCCGGCAGCGGCCUCGUCAAGGCCAUCGUCAUCUCCGGCGACAAGAUCUUCACCGGCCACCAGGACGGCAAGAUCCGCAUCUGGAAGAUUUCCUCCAAAAAACCCAACGUCCACAAGCGCAUCGGAACCCUCCCGAGGCUCAAGGACUUCCUCAAGAGCUCCAUCAACCCCUCCAACUACGUCGAGGUCCGGCGACACCGCAACGUCGUCUGGCUCCGCCAUUUCGACGCUAUCUCCUGCCUCGCCCUCGACGAGGACGCCGGGCUCCUCUACUCCGGCUCCUGGGAUAAAACUCUAAAAGUCUGGAGGAUUUCCGAUUCCAAGUGCUUGGAAUCCAUCAAUGCCCACGACGACGCCAUCAACGCAGUGGCGGCGGCGGGGUUCGACGGGCUGGUGUUCACCGGCUCCGCCGACGGGACGGUGAAGGCGUGGCGGCGGGAGUGGGUGAAGAAGGGCGGCGCCACCCGGCACGUGGCGAUGCAGACGCUGCUCCGGCAGGAGAGCGCUGUGACGGCGCUGGCGGUGGCACCGGCGGCAGGGGCUGUCUACUGCGGGUCGUCGGACGGGCUGGUGAACUUCUGGGAGUUUCGCGGAGGCGGCCUGCGGCUGGCCCACGGUGGGGUUCUCCGCGGUCACGAGAUGGCGGUGCUGUGCCUCACGGCCGCCGGGAGUUUGGUCGUGGGCGGUUCGGCGGAUAAGACGCUGUGCGUGUGGCGCAGGGAGAAAGGCGGGGCACACAUGAAGCUCGCGGUAUUGGCCGGCCACGCGGGCCCCGUUAAGUGUUUGGCCAUUGAGGAGGAUCGGAGCGAGGGGCCCGGGGGCCCACAUUGGGUGGUAUACAGCGGGAGCUUGGACAAGUCGGUCAAACUGUGGCGGGUCUCGGAGCGGCCAUCCGAGGCGGGCAUUCGGACGCCGCAGCACUUGCGGGUCGAAUACGACGUGGAGCACCGGCGGUCGCCUUUGCACGUAUGGGCGACCGGGGGCGGCGGAUCGGAGCGGAUCGGGAGGUCCCCACUCCAAGUGCGAGGGGAGACAGGGACGUACCGGACGAGCAACGGCACCGGUGGGCCCCAGAAGGGCUAGGAUUCACCGGUGGGCCCGGAAUGGAAAGGUCGGUGGGCCAGCGUGCGAGCUGCCGCAUGAACUCGUGUUGGAUGUUGAUUGGCUCUUUGUGGUGGAGGAAGAUUAGACGAAGAUGGAUAUGCUAGCCAAAGAUGGUCUUUGGUUUUUAAUGUACAGGUCACGAGAGGCGUUAAAUCCAGUUGCCCUUGUGCCGAUUAGCGUAUUAUGAUAUAGUGGCGUGGAUGCUUGAAAGGCUUGAAUGAAAAUAUUGAUUGAGAUAUAAAUUUAUGUGCAAAAUUUAUCAUACCAGCCUAUACUAUAUUGUAUCGAAUUUAUCAUACGAUACCAGCAUCGGACUGGUAGACAAUCUCAUAUGAUACGUAUAUUCGGUACAUAUAAGUAUCUUAUAUUGUACCGCAUAUUAAUACUAUAAGAGGAUAUUAUCAGUA